AUGGCCCCGACGAAGGGCGGCAAGAAGGCGAAGGCGAAGGCGAAGAGCGAGACGCCGCCGCAGGACGGCGAGGCCGACGACAUCGCUCCACCCCCCGUCAAGGUGCAGAAGACCGUCUGCGCAGGGGCGGCCCUGGUCGUGGACGGGCAGGUGACAGGCAUGAACACCGACCAUUUCGAGCGACUGGAUGCAGCGAGAGACGACGUGCUGAACCACGCCUCCUUCAAGGGCAUCAAGACCGCCGCCCCCUUGGGUAUAGGGAAGGGUGGUACGAAGUCGCCUUUCAAUCUGGAUGACUUCAAGAUCGCCAUCAAAGAUGAAGGCGUCUACGAGUGCGGUGGCAAUUGGUGGUGGAUCAAUCAGAACUACCAGCCUGUGCGCAACGUCUACAUCAACGAGAAGAUGGUCGAGAAGGACAUUGCAGAGAAGUUCGCAAAGCCAGUUUCGCACGUGGAACGUGAGAUUCUCGUCGGGGUCAGUCGUGACACGCGCAAUGCUACAGUUCCAGUCGCAGGUACUUUGGAGCGUCUCUCCCCAUCAGAGUUCGACGACGCCUUUCUCUUGGCCGUGCACGCCUCUGUGAAUGCUGACGACAAGGCCGCACUCAAGAUCUGGAACACGGCGUUCCUGACCGUCAAGUUCCGGUUCGUCGCCAUAGACAACGAGGAUGAUAAGAUGUACAAGAGUAUUAAAGAACGGAAUCGCGUCAGCCACAACGCAGAGGUGGCCAGCCGGACCAUGCUCCAGCGUUUGCUCGAGUUCGUCUACGUCCUGCAGCGCUCGACCUCCAACCACGGACCCCUCGACGCCAAGGAUAUGGCCAAGCUCUGGAACGAUAACAUCGGCGGGACGUCUGGACCCAGUGGCGAGCCUAUCUCGGAGACCUAUGCCAAGACUGCCGUGGCCGUCUACAAGGCCAUGAUCCUGGACACCGACGUGCGGCAGGCCCUGAUACACUCCGAGAAGCACUUCAAUAAGAAAUCACCCUUCGACUCGAUUUACAAGCUCGAGGCGAUCAUGUCCAAAUGCAAGAACAACGGUGCCGUCAUGAGCUUCGUCAUCAACCAUAUCACCGACACCGUUCUCAACGGGCUCACGAGCCCUGGCGAGUACGCGCAUCGGACGAUGGUGGGAAAAGGUAACAACAACAAAGGGACGAUCGACGUGUUCAUGCUCAAAUACCACGCCCUGAUCCACCUGACUCUCGGGUUCCCGGGCGAGUACAGCAUCGACGACACUUUCGUCAUCGAGACUCUGAAGAAGAUCGGCAACCACCAGGGCUACAGGCAGAUGAGCGGCUACACAGCGGACAGAAAGGAGUUGUCGUGGUGGGCAAAGAUGACGAAGAGCGGCCGCAAGCUGUACGAGCUCAUCGAAGACCUGGUCUACAAGACUACGUUCGACGGCGUCAUCAAGCAGGUCCUGCGAAACGCUGGGGGCAACAGCCAAAGCAUGGUCGCUGAAGUCCUGAACACAUGCCCUGUCAAGGAUGCGGUGUCGGAGUUUAUCGCAGAGCUUUCGGCGGAGAAGCCUGAGGUUCAGCCCCCCGUCAUCGACUUGGACGGCGCAGGAACGGAUGAGCGUGGACGUGCUUCUAAGACUUGCGCCGCCAUCACUGGCGAAAUCUCGAUCAAAGAAGUCGCUGGGCAACACAUCGAGGCAGAGAUGGAGGAUAAGCUCACGCCGUGGCUGGAGUUUGCCCAGAAGCUCGUGUCGCAGUGGGUCGAUCUCCACGUCGAACCAGACACCGGCCCUCAGAUCGGGGACAUCUUGAAGAAGACCAACCUGCCGGACAUGAAGGGCACCCCGAAGGUCGACAACGUCCUCGCCUACUACGACGUCAAGCAAGCUGGGACUUCCAACGUAUCCCCACACAUCAGGCAUCCUAACUUCCGAGCUGAGCAUCUGCGCAAGUGCGUCGUCGGAUUCCAGGACGGCCGGGGUAGUCCGGACGAGCUCGUUGAGGGGGACAUGUUCAUGAUAUUGGACGCCCAGUCGCAUGGCAACCACGGCGCGUUCGCCACCGCGCUGAACAAGACCAGCGAGCCCAAGCCCAUGGUCAAGGAGAAGAGGGUCUACUACCUGAGCUACGACGAGCAGUCCCUCAAGAAUCGGAAAUCUACGGUUCGCGAGACAAAGGUCGAUCAGGUGGAGCAGGCCGUGGUGUUCACGGCGUCGACGCUGCACCUCGCCUACAAGAAGCGCAAGUUUUUCAACAGCUCCAACCAAGGGAACUCGAUAUUCCCGAUCGCUAUGCCGAACUAUGAGAACACAUGGCGCGUGCCGCCCAAGGUUCGCAAACAGCUCUUCGGCAAGCGCGGCGUGAUCUUGGCGGGCGGUGCGGCCUCAAGCAGUUACGAUCCCCCGACGUUCAAAGACGGCAUGGAGCCCUCCGUGGUGCACUUCACUGCGUUAGAGGAAACUUUCGCCCUCGUCUGCAUCCGCAAUAAGAUCAGCUACGUCGGGCUCGUGAACAGCGACGAGCACAAGCUACUCUUCCGUAACCGCUUGAUCCAGCGCGUCUACCAGGACCUAUCGACUGAGGGCAGCUCGAACUACCAAGCCACCUGCGCCUCGCUCAUGAAGGAGGUCGCUGGUACGAUGCCGAAGCCUGCUGCUGCCGACGCGACGGUCAAAGACAAGGGUAAGGACGACACCAGUGUGGCGGUGGCGAAGAGAGGCAAGUCUAAGGCGGCGGUGUCAGCCACCAGCGGAGUGCCGGCGGGGGACAAUCCACUGACGUCGAAGCGCCUCGAGAUCCUGGCGAAGCUCCAAGGGUUGUCCCAGGCUAACGGUGUUGCCGGCAACGCGGAGACUGCGUCUGCAGACGCCGUCCAGGAGGAGAAGAUCGACAUUGACUGA